CAUAAAUUGCAGCUCAACCCGCCAUAUUUUCAUUGCACUGGUCCCACCCGCCUGCCACCAUGUCGGGACAAGAAAGCGGUCGCUUUCCAUCGCAGCAAUCGGGCGCUGACAGUCCUCUCAACCUUGGCUCAGGAUCAGAUGGUUGGACGACACCAAGCUCAUCCAAUGGCAGUUGGUGGCAUUUGGAUGAACAGGAAUCAAACUACCUCGACCCAAACUCAACCUCUUUUGAGUCCUACUCUUCUUCCAUAGCACCUUCUUCCACAUUUGCGAACGAUCCCCGACCACGAGCUCAAAUGCCUUAUGACCCUAUUUCUGGCCGUACCGCACGACCUUUGCCCUCAUGGGGUUCUGCCAACGCUUCCGAAUCUACUCAGAAUAACUUUCAAGCCACCAAUGGCCAUGCCCGACACUCGCCGCGCCAAACAACAAACAGCCCUGAAUCGCAACGGCAACGACACAAUCUGCCCGCUUCACUCCCUCCGAUCUCAUCACUAGCUUCAGCAUCUAGCAGUGCCUCCUCGUCAUCAUCUUCCUUACAGCAGCCAGUUUCCGGGCCGUCGCGAGCAGCCGUUCAUCCGCGCUUCAACGGCCAACCUCUUCCCGGUCGCGACAUGCAGGGCUACGUCGAUCUCACCGCCGACCAGUCAUCUCCCAGUAGGGCACAAGAAAUCCACAAGCGACAACGGGACGCAGAGCAGUCCUCUGAAGCCGGCACUCCAAAACGCAUCAAACCUUCGCGCCCCGAAGCAGAUCAUCUUCAAGACAUAGAGGAAAUAGACUUGCGAGAUGUCGACGAUGAGCUCGGCCUGGCAGCGGCCUUGCAAAAACAGCGCGCAGAUCAGGUUCUCGCUCAGAAUCGAAAAGAAGGAGAAGCUCCACGGACGCUGACGUCCUUGCAAUGUGUCAUUUGCAUGGACGUCCCGACCGACUUGACCAUUACGCAUUGCGGCCAUCUCUUUUGUUACACCUGUUUAAUGGAAGCGCUCAUGGCAGGCGAACGACAAAGCGGAGGUGGAUCCGCCCCGUCUAGAUGCCCCGUAUGCAGAACCAGAGUACGGCGGAACCCGGUCGGCCGAGCCGGGAAAGAGGUGGUUCCGCUCGAGCUCAAAGUAAUGAAGCGCAGCGACUACGACAAGAAGCGUCAAGAAACUUCAACUCCUCCUACAUAGUCAUUGAUGCGUCGUUGUGGUUGCGGGCGGGGGCGGGGAAAUGGAAGGGGACGUAUUGCCUACUCUUCCUCUGCUCUGCAUUUCAUAGUCAUUUGGUCGCUUUUACUAUUCUCCAUCCGCGACGUUUCUUGCAUCAAUCUCCUGGCUUGGGAAAGGGAAUCUUUCAUGGAGCACGCAUUCCUGCAUAUAUCUCGAAUUACCUCCUUCUAGUCGGCGCAAUCACCAAGUUUAAAUAAGGGCGUGUCGGUCACGAUUUACGAGCAAGUUUAUAGUCAUGGGUCAUAGGUCGUAGGUCUUGCUGUGUAUGGUGUAAUGGAGCUGUUUUUUAUUUUUUAUUUUUUCUUUGUUUUUUUGGCGGGGGUGUAUGCUUGCAAGCUGUGUUUACUUGCAAAGCUGGAGCGUCGUGUAAGGAGUCUCAUGUUUUUCUGGUCCACUUUUUCGUUCCUUCUUCUUUUUUUUUUCUUUGUUUAUUUUCACCUCUC